CCCCCUCGUUUUCUCCCCCAUUUCCAAACAGCCUCCGCCGCCGACAGGACCGGGGGAGACCGGGCUGGGAGAGCCAGAGCCGCAGCCGCAGAGAGCGUAUCCGCGGUCCGCCACAUGCGGGAGACGCACCGCAGCUCCACGCUCGCAUAACCGGACUACUUCUUUUUCUCUGUCAUUGUUGGGAGUUUUUUCCACGCUCGUCUCGCUGCAUCGAUUCUGACUCCCUCUCCCUCUUUUUACCCCCCCUGCUAAACUGAGCAAGAUGGAGAACGACGAUAAAUAUCUCCCCGAGCUGCUGGCGGAGAAGGACAGCCUGGACCAGUCGUUCACUCACGCCAUGAAACUUUUAAACUCAGAAAUUGAUAGAAUCCAAAAAGGAGAGACUAAAAAGGAGUCGGAGACCUACCUGGACCUCUUCACAACAAAGAACAUCAAACUAAAGGAACGAGUGCUCAUUCCUGUCAAACAAUACCCAAAGUUCAAUUUUGUGGGCAAGAUUUUGGGACCUCAGGGUAACACGAUCAAACGCCUACAGGAGGAGACUGGAGCCAAGAUUUCUGUGCUGGGCAAAGGAUCCAUGAGAGACAAAGCCAAGGAGGAGGAGCUCAGGAAAGGCGGGGAGCCCAAGUAUGCCCACCUGUCGAUGGAGCUGCACGUUUUCAUUGAGGUGUUUGCUCCUGUGCCAGACGCCUACCUGCGCAUGGCCCACGCCAUGGAGGAGGUCAAGAAGUUCCUGUUUCCUGAUAUGAUGGACGAUAUCUGUCAAGAGCAGUUCAUGGAGAUGAGCUACCUUAACGGAGGGCAGGAGCACGGAGCGCGAGGACGAGGGGGCAUGCCGGUUAGGGGCCUCCCGCCUGCUGGAGCUCUCAGGGGGAGGGGGAUGCCUCCCCGUGGCUCCGGUGCCCGGGGCAGCGUGACCCGGGGCGGCCCGGCCAGAGGCGGCUCCGUGAGGGGCAGCCUGGCGGGCAGAGGAGGACCUCCCUCGGCACCCGUCAGGGGAGCGGUGGCGGCCCGGGCCAGACCUCCAGCUGGCGGACCCCCCCAGAGGAUGGCACCCCCCCCUGCCCAUCAGCACACCUCCGGUGCAGCUGCUGAGGGUUACGAGGAUUAUGGCUACGACGAGAGCUACACAGACACGACCUACGAGUCCUACGACAACUACUACAACCAGCCACAGGUCGAACCAGAAUACUAUGACUACGGACAUGGAGAGACCACAGAGUCAUACGAGUCAUACGGUCAGGACGACUGGAACGGCACCCAGCGGGCGGUUCCCGGGAAGGUUCCUCAGUCCUCUAGAGGGGCCAAGACGACCUACCGGGAUCACCCGUACCGGCAGUACUGAAGCAGAUGCAGCGCCCUUAGUGUCACCCCGAUAACAGCCUGUCUGCCCCGGCAGCUCUCGCUUUAACAAGCCUGACAAAAGUAAUUGGCCGUUUUUUUCUUUUUUUUUUUACCCCCCCUUUUUUAUUUUUCCUUCCUCUUUUAACUCUGGACUUUAUACGAGAGAGCAAAUUGGGAACUGAAAAUCGGAACUGGUUUUUGAGAUUUGACCACAAACACCCCCACUCCUACUUUUCCACGCCUCCUUACCGAUCGACUGCCUGUCAAAGCUACCAGGAGGCUCUUGGAUGGGUAAAGCAGGAGAAGUUGCCAUCCUUUUUGUUUUGACUCCUAUUUUAUUUACUGUAUAUUUUUCUCCAAGAAUUCUUAUUACCCCUCUGGCUUUGUGACAUUGUUGAUCGUUAUUAUUAUUACUAUUAUUAUUUUCAUUAACUGUUUUGAGUAGUCAUUUCUAGUGGAAUUAGUAGCUCAAGACCUACUUGUCUAAGGAAUCCAUUUUAAUUGUUAUUAAAUACAAAAGUCAGUUGCAGAUUCCCAUUUAGGCUACAUUUCAAAAUUCUGUCAAUAUAGCCAAAUAAAAAAAAUCUUUAAACUUUCAAUUAUGUAAUAUAGAUACAAACACAAAUCAAAUCUUAAAUUAAGAUGAGGCUAAAUCAGUGUUAAUGGAAUCGGUACAAUUCAUUCUUGAUAAUGCCUUGUUUCUAAAUAGUUGUAAAACAAUUUCCAUUUAGACUCAGGCAGCAAUAUUUGAAAAUUCUACUUAGAGUUUUGAAAUAUAGCCCUAAUAGACACUGUUGAGAUGGCCUGUCCUCAUAUCCUCAGUUUGUUUUACUUGUUAAUUAAUUGUAAUAAAACAAAAUGAUUGUUAAUGAGAAUGGGGUCGACACACGGCCUUGUGUUAAGAUUAAAAACGGCAGUUCAGGUCUUGAUUUUUGUGAUCUGAUUCUAUAUAAACUGCAUGCACAAAGAAGGAUUGGGACAAAAAUCUCCACAUGGGUCUUCUCUUUCUAUAGAGAAGGGAUCCUGCAGCUCAGCUCGACCUCUUGUACAUAUUUUAAAACAUCCUAAUUGUACUUAUUCUCCCACUAAUAUCUGUACCCUCUCCAUAAAAUGCAUUAUGCUCCAUGUGUAAGCUUGCCUAAAUAGGUUACUAAAUCUGUCCAAAAGAUGUUUUGCAGCAAUUUGUCAAUAAAGCUUAGUCUGUUUUUUUUUUCCUAUGAAACUUAACUUGCUUUAUUUGUUUCCUGUCCUAUGUAAAUUCUGAAAUGGCAUUUUCUUUAAAAACAACCUCCAGCAGUCAGAUGUAGGUGUUUUCCUUUUGUUUCUCAUUCAAAACCGCUUUUUAAAUCUAAUUGAAUGUAUUGACGUCUGAAGACUUUAACCGUUCUAAAUGAUGUCUUGAUUGAUUAUAAAAAGAGCACAACUUAUUCUCUUUCUCUCUUUCUA